UCUAGUGAAAAUAGGGGAAGGGAUGCCCUUUAUAGAGAAACGAAACAAGGUGAUUUUGGGACGACCUAAAGCAUGCUAAGUGCACAGAGCUAGAUCCAGCUCUGCCAUUGGACACCAUUCAGAUUAACCAAAGGACCACCUCCAGCUGGCUAUGUCUUUGGGUCAAGGAAGCAAUCCACUCUCCACACUUAAUAGCUUCCACCAAACGGUGCAAUAUGAUCUGGUUCAAGAAAGUGGGCCUCCUCACAUGAAGGAGUUUGUGAUGCAAGCUGUCGUGGAGGGUCGAGCUUACCGAGGGACGGGCAAGUCAAAGAAGCUAGCCAAGUAUGCCGCAGCUUCUGAGGCUCUCAAACAAAUGUACAACAUGAAUCUUAGUCUCGGAGUUGGAAAUUCAGAGCCAAGUACUCCGUCAGUGUCUACUGUCGCUGGUCCAGUGCAAGAGACUCCAUCCACUGAUGUGUCUGAAGCAUCGCCCCCUCCGGCAAAGAAGCCACGCCUGUUAGAGACCACCCCCACCCCAGUUGUCAGUGUGAUGCAUCCAGUCAGUCAAUUGAUGCAAACCUAUCCAGGAACUGAGUUCUCCUUCACUGUGCCCAGUGUAUACUAUCCCGGCAGCAGCUUUAACUGUACAGUGACAGUGAGAGGGUGGUGUUUUAAUGGAGUGGGUACGAGCAAGAAGACGGCCAAGCGUGCUGCAGCUGAGGCUGCUCUAGCCUAUCUACAGAACAUUCACACAAUUGGCCACACCCCUCCGAUACCAGCCUCUGAUGCCAGCUCUCAAGACACUGGGGGGCACUCGUCCACUGCUCCAAAAUGUCAAGGUAUACGCACUACCUUAGGCUUUAGGUCAUCCAAACUUAGUUGUCAUCUCUACAAAAGACUCAGCCGACUCCUCCCAAUGCCGGCGGCUAUGUUGGCCAAGAGAGUGAAGCAACUCUCAGAACAGAAGUUCACAGAGCUAGCAGUGCAACUCCCCUCACCCACCCAGAAGGUAUUGGCCACAGUGGUGAUGAUGAAAGGCAGUUCUGGAACGGGAAUGGUCUCGGCAGACGUCGGUGGAGAGGUCGUUGCCUUGGCUACGGGUACAAAGUGCAUCGGUGGUGACCAUUUAAGCAUCACUGGACUUGCCGUUAACGAUUGCCACGCGGAAAUUGUCGCAAGACGAGCUCUAGUAAGAUUCUUCUAUGCUCAACUAAGCCUCCACACUAAAGGACAAAACUCAGCCUCGAUAUUCGAAAAGAAACCAGACGGACGAUUUACGAUACAACCUGGAGUGUCAUUUCACCUGUACAUCAGCUCUACCCCCUGUGGUGAUGCGAGGGUAUUCCCCCUGAGCGAAGCUGAGAGCACGGGAGACACGCAUCCCCACCGCAAGAAUAGGGGUCAAGCGAGGGUCAAGACGGAAGCAGGGGAGGGCACACACCCCACUAGUCAACAGAUUCAGACCUGGGAUGGCAUCGUGGGCGGUGAGCGGCUAGUCACGAUGUCCUGCAGUGACAAAGUGGCUCGUUGGAACCUGCUCGGAGUUCAAGGUGCACUGCUCUCUCUCUAUAUAGAACCCGUCUACCUCAAGUCGAUCACAGUGGGCAAGUAUUACAGCGAGGAACACCUCACGAGGGCGGUCUAUUCUCGAAUAAGCUCUGUCCCUAAUCUACCCGAAUCUUACACCCCCACGCUCCCACUGCUUCUACACACUGGUGAAAUAGCCCAGCGAUCUAAAGACGUUAGUCAAAAAACUCCCGAUAAAAGCUUCAACUGGACUUGGGGCGACAAUAAGGUUGAAGUCGUAAAUGCUCGUACUGGAAAAUUGAAUGAUGAAAUCCCGUCUCGUCUUUGCAAGCAAAUGUUAUACGAGAAGUUCAUCGGCCUCUGGGAUGGUCUAGCCUGCGAGAAGCUCAAGCUGGAGGUGGUCAAGGUUAUUCCCAAUGCAGCUUGUUCUAAGGACACACCCCCUGGCCCCUCCACUUCUAGUAAUGCGAAGAGUGAUGUACUACCGUUUGCGAUUGAUACCAAACCGUCGAUGCCUCCUGGACUGGAUCUGGCAGACUCCAAAGGUUCGAUUUGUUCUUCGCUUAGUCUCUCGAGGGCCUGCAGCUACGGGCAAGUGAAGGCACUGGCAAAAGAUUAUCAGCUGGCAAAGGAAGCAUUUAUCCAGCACUUCAAUGAAUGCUGGAGUGGCUGGGUAAAGAAACCACAGGAACAAAAUGACUUUUAUCUGUAGCUGUAUACAGUCAUUUUGCAUGUGUGCAUAUUAAUAUUUAAAUAUGUUCCCCUUUGUUUGAUAACCUCUUUAUACAGUAACUGACUGUUCAUUUUGUAUGCUUUAUUAAAUAUUUUCUCUUUGUUGUGUGAUAA